AUGUCGGUAGCCGAGUCGUCUUCGGCCCAGCCGGCGGUCUCGGCUCCUCAGCCAACAGCUCCGCCUAGUCUCGGAGAGUCGAUCGAGGAGAAGUGUCUACUUGCGAGCCUCAUUACUAUCGAAUGCCACUUCACUGGCAGGCCUGUCCUGGGACCCAAGUCUACUCGCCAGGCUAUCUCUAUGUUGUCCAAGUCUCUGGAGAAGACUCAGGAUGAAGAUGUUCGCACAAGAAAGUUUGGCCCAAAUAUUGAGAUUUGGGUGUAUCUGAGAAAGAUUUUUCAAUCAGCCAUUCCAAAUCUUGCCAACCGUGCCCUUGGGCCUCUUGAAGGGCCAGAUGUCGCUGCUUCCUAUCCUCAGAGCUCAACCCUUAUUGUCAAGAACUAUGCUACCAUCAAGGAGGAUGUUCAGAUUCUUGACAUCUUGAUGCAGAUUGCUAGAAAUAUUCUAGUCAGCGAUUCCCGCCCUGUGCCACAGGACCUAUGUGCUGCUGCCACCUUUGAUAAAAUGGCCUACAAGACCAUUGUCCUCUGUGCCUAUGUGACGAAUAACAGCAAGAGUCCUGGUAGUGAUGUUGAGGGGACCACAGACUUCUUUGAAAAAGUCCUUGAAAUUCAUGACCUUUUCAAACGUCUCUUGGUGACGACUUUGCAACAAGCCCACAAUUGGGUCGUGGGCCACCAUUGGAACAAGAUGCAGCUGUUCUUGGACGUGCUCUUUGAUGACGCCGAGGGCGAGCCCGUCCUGGCGUCGCCCGUGCCCGCCGAGCUGAGAUGGACCGAGCCCAACAUGGAGGUAGCCCGAACCGAAGUGAAUAACUGGUUGGCCCGCAACUCUAAACUCGGCCCCUCUGCCACAGCCCUCCUGAAGGAGUACAUGGCGCACCAUGCUAAGGACCAGCCCAGUCCUCUAGACUCGGUGUCACCUCUAGCUUGGAACUGGCUGCCAAAAGUGCCUUAUGAGAUCCACGUCCAAGACGAUAGCAACGUGACUCCCGUUUGGGACCCGAACACCAAGUCAAAGUGGGACCGCGACCGACUUUACCUGCGAACGUCUCAUGAGAUCGACUCAUGGUGGACUGAGGUAGUGGGUGCCAACUUUGAGGAUGUAACGGCAAUGCAAUCCGUAGACGCAGCCAAAGAAGAACUCGGCUCGGCUCGCAAGGCUCUUCUUCAGCGCUGGGCUGAGGAGCAAGCCUCUAGUGCCACCGAUCCGUCCAGCCCUACCACCUAUAGCUCGAGGCUCCAUAACGACGACGAGGUCAUGUCGUCCGGGAUUCUUACCGAGAUUCCUAACAUCCUUGAUCCCAGGCAGAUUGAGGCACUCUACAUGAUCAUCAAGACUUGCAUCCUGGAUAGCCAUGGCGAUGGGCUUACGCCCUGUGGUGAGAAUCUUCAGAAAACGCGCUGCAAGAUGUUCCUGGCCCUUAACUCUGGCAGGAGUCUUUUUAAGGAGAUGCUCGUUUACGUUGGUAUCUGGGUUCUCGAUGAUACGGCGCUCGUAUAUCAAGUCAUGCGAGAUAUUGUUCUCGCCCUCCACCACAACUCACUCAUCCCUGCCGCGUGGAACAGGGUUAGCUCGUACCGGAACUUUAUUCUGUCUCCCGCCCAGUCCGUCCUUCUACGACUCGUCGGCGAUAUCUUUUGUUCAACAACCGCCCACAUGGAUGACGUCUCCCAGCAGGAGAAGUCCAAGCUCUUCAAGCUGAUCCAUUUCUUCUACACCUUCUUCCGCUCGUUUAUCGUACCCGAAUACGCGGCGAUUAUGCACGUCCAAUCCCAGAUCCGCGAGGGUAAAAUGGAGCCCUCUGAUUUCCGCAUGGAUUACUGGGAGAUGCAAAGAGCGAAGGCGGCCUUGAUCCAGUACCUCGAGUUCAUCGAGCUGGUGGCCGAAAUCCGUGAGACGAGAGAGCUCUUGAUCAAGUGGGAAGCCGUCUACGACCUCAUCGUUUUGCUGACGGCGCUCGAAGCUGCGGUUCCCAAGCUGCCGCUCGUCGAUAUGAGUAACGGCCAGCCCAAGGCCGUCCGUCAACCAGGCAGCUCGGGGGGUUCAUCGUCUCCCAAGGACCCUCACCACCAUCACCAUCACCAUCACCACCACUCUCACCACCACCAUCAUCACCAUCAUCACAGCCACGACUACCACGACGCCCAUUCCGAUUUUGACCCGGAUUCGGAUAACGAGUCCUUCGACUCCACGGGCCCCAUGGACAUGACUUCAGAACACUCCGGGAGCACCUCCCGCGAGCAAGGAAGCAAAUAUGCCUGGGCCGGCGUCAAAGCCCCCAUCUUCACCAUAAUCGCCACCCUCCUCCAACCCCGCCCCGGUCGCGGCACCCCCGGUAACGCAGACGUCCAACGCCAAGUCCUCCAGAACAACGGGCUCGUCGCCCUGCUCAACUGCGUAUCCUACGACGGGUACCAGCCCCUCUCGAGGGAGCGCGUCACCCUCUGUCUCAAGUGGCUCGUCGAGGGCAACAAGGAUGCUGCCGAUUGGUUCAAGGAAUUAUUCAAGCAUACUGAGGCUGCCGCCGCCGCUUCGGCUCUUGCGGCUGUUGGUGCUCAGCAGCAGCAGAGGCCUGCGUCGGCGGCUGGUCCUUCGACGGAACCUGUGCGAAGGGUUAGAGUUGAUGGGGUUCAGGGGGAUGUUCCGGUGCGGGCUAGGUCUGAGGCUCAUGAGGUAGAGGAGCCGAGAGGUGGUAUCCAGGGUGGCGGUGGGCUUACACAGAUGGAGGAGGAUUUCAUGGCCUGA